CAGCUCCUGGGCUGGUUGUAGUCGGACUGCGAGCGAGCGGGCGUUGUUGUAACAAGGUCUGCCAUUUUGAUUAGAGGUAUUUCACGUAGUAGAUGGUGUGAGGUGGCCCUUCUGGAUAUUAUUGUAGUGCUUUAAAUCAAGGCUACAUUCUUGCAGGAAAAAUGCUUUCCGCCGCCCAGUUACUUGACGAGUUGAUGGGCCGAGAUAGAAACUUGGCCCCCGACGAGAAGCGAUCCAACGUGCGGUGGGACGACGAGAGCGUCUGUCGAUACUAUCUGUGUGGCUUCUGCCCUGCUGAGCUGUUCACAAACACCCGCUCUGACUUGGGUCCUUGUGAGAAAAUUCAUGAUGAAAAUCUACGAAAAAUGUAUGAGAAAAGCUCUCGCUUCAUGAAAGAGGGUUAUGAGCGAGACUUCCUGCGCUAUCUGCAGUCGCUCCUGGCAGAAGUGGAACGACGGAUUCGCAGAGGACAUGCCCGACUUGCGCUUUCCCAGGCUCAGCAGAAUGCGGGGGGCCCUGGUCCAUCAGGAAAGAAUGAGGAGAAGAUCCAGGUUCUAACAGAGAAGAUUGAAGACCUGGUUGUGCAGAUUGAGGAAUUGGGCUCGGAGGGCCGAGUGGAGGAGGCCCAGGGAAUGAUGAAGCUGGUGGAGCAACUGAAGGAGGAGAGGGAGCUGCUCAGCUCCACCCCCUCGACAAUCGAGAGCUUUGCAGCCCAGGAGAAACAGAUGGAAGUGUGUGAGGUGUGUGGGGCCUUCCUCAUUGUGGGUGAUGCACAGUCCCGUGUGGAUGACCACUUAAUGGGCAAGCAACACAUGGGCUACGCCAAGAUCAAAUCCACUGUAGAGGAGCUCAAGGAAAAACUGCGCCGUCGCUCUGAAGACCCUCAGGGUGAAAAUCCAGCCCUCAGAAGAGAAAGAGAAGACAGGGAGCGGGAGAGGGAGGAAAGGGAGAAAAAGCGCAAAGAGGGUGAAGAGAAGGAGAAGGAGCGCGAAAAGGAGCGGGAGAAGGAGAGGGAACAAGAGAGGGAGCGAGAGCGUGAGCGUGAGAGGGAGAGAGAAAGAGAGAGAGAACGGGACAGAGACAGAGAAAGAGACAGGGAGAGAGACAGGGAGCGGGACAGGGACCGGGAGAGGGAUAGGCGGGCACGUCGAAGCCACUCUGGCAGCCGCCACUCCAGUAGAGCAUCAGACAGGAAACGGAGCAGAUCCCGUGAUCGCCGGCGGUCCAGGAGCAGAGACAAGGACAGGGACAGGGAACGCAAACGCAGCAGGAGCCGGGACAGGGAGAGGAGGCGCAGCCGUGAGCGCUCUGACAGAAAACGCCGCUCCCGCAGUCGGGACAGGAGGAGAUCGCGCAGUUCAGAGCGCAAAUCUCACCGUCAUCGCAGCCGUAGCCGCAGCAAGGACAGGGAUCGGGAUCGAGAAAAGGAGCGAGACAGAGAGCGGUCAUCAAAAGACAAAGACCGUAAGGGUACAGAGGAGAGGAGCAGCUCUAAGAAAGAGAAGCACUCUGACGGCGAUGCAGCUCCCAUCAAGGCUUCUUCAGAAGUGGAACCAAUGCAGACGGAGGCAGCUGCCUCCUCCCCUCUGCUUAAUGGCCAGCAAGAGCUCCUCCAUUCUGAAGGUGACACUCAGUCCAAUUAAAACUGAUCUGAUAGGACCUCAGAUCAGGCUCAGGGGAAGCUGGAAUAUCUGGUUAAGGAAGAAGCUGAAGAGUGCACCGAUCCUUGCCCUGAACCUGAUACUUCACUGCUUAAAAACAAGGUGAACCACAAAUGUGUAGUGGCUUAUUUAAAGAAACGUAAAAAAAUAAAUAAAUUAAACUGUACAGGAGGAGAGAGGGCAGAAUGCAUUGAUUGUUCCAUUACCUGUUUUAUCUCUUGGCUGGAUAAGGGUAGUUGUGGUUCAUCUGGUUUAUCUGAUUUUACUGGUCACGUUGUCAGCCAGAUAUCAGUUAACUUACCAAACUUAGAGAAGCACUUCAUGAAUAUUUUUGUUUUCUUAUUUUGAAAAUCUUUACACAUCCUCCGUGUUUUUUGGCAUUUAGUGAAGAUAAAAUAAAAAAAAAAAAAACAGUGCUUGUGGUUUGUAUUGAUUUGCCAGGUUCUAUUUCACUCCCUGACCUUUUUUUAAAAAAAUAAAAUAAGUCGGUUGAAGCGUAUGUACAGUGUUAGACCUUUGAGACAAGCAGUGUCGUCUUUUCUCCUCUACUUAGAGCUCAUUUUGAUUGCUCUUGUCCCAUAACUGUAAAAUAUUCUGAUUUAAUUUUGAUCGCUUUUGGAGACUUAAGAUUUGUUUCAUUUUGUUGCCCUGCUUUUAUUGUCCAUGUUGUAUCAUGAAUAAAAAGUAAAAACUCUUAAAAAUUG